CAAUUACAAAAUAACACGCACUUCUGGCACCAGUGGAGUUAAACAUGUUUGUAGACAAACACUCAACCACUCAGAGGGGGUCAACCAGGCGGGGAGGACUCGUUUAAAACUCCCAAGCCAGCAACAAGAGGAUUCGAACACACAGCCAUGUUGCUGCAACGCGCGAUUUUGCUCCCACUCCUGUCUCCAUGGAAGGGACGAUGCAUCACCACAAAUAAGACACUGAUACCUCGCUUGUCUGUUCCGCUACUGGGCGUCCUCAGGAACAACUCCGGCCUCGCAGAUGUCAAGGAGCGGACUCUAGUCGCUGUCAAACCAGACGGCGUCCAACGUCGUCUCGUGGGGAAGAUCAUUAGUCGUUUUGAGCAGAGGGGCUUCAAACUGGUGGGCCUGAAAAUGCUCCAAGUGUCAGAGGAGCUGCUCUCUCAGCACUACUGCCAACUGACCCAGAAGCCUUUCUACCCCAGUCUGGUGGAGUACAUGACCUCCGGUCCUGUGGUUGCCAUGGUAUGGGAAGGUCAUAACGUGGUGCAGGCAUCUCGCGUGAUGGUUGGACCCACCAACCCUUCUGCGGCCCAAGCAGGAACAGUCAGAGGAGAUUUCAGCCUUCAUGUCAGCAGGAACGUGGUCCAUGCCAGCGAUUCGCUGGAGGGAGCUGAGAGGGAGAUUCAGCUCUGGUUUCAAGGGAAGGAGCUCCUCAAGUGGGAGUGCUUGGACCAGGUCCUCACCUGUGAGGAGUAAAGAUGCUGAGCAGUGAGGAUCAGUGAUGCUACUACCUCUUCUAUUGCUGCUAUAGGUCCUUGAAAGCCUGAUGCACGGAAUUAAUCCUUGAAUCUUUUACCUCAGGAAACUAAUACCAGAAAUUGUAUUAUUUUAUUAACAACCAUAGUUUUCUAUAGAAACUAGAAUACAUUAAUUCCAGCUUUACAGAGUUAACUAAUAUUUUUAAAUAGUCUUUACAUAAGCGCACAGCUAGGAGACCCAAGUUCAAUUCCACCCUCGGCCAUCUCUGUGUGGAGUUUGCAUGUUCUCCCCGUGCAUGCGUGGGUUUUCUCCGGGUACUCCGGUUUCCUCCCACAUUCCAAAAACAUGCUAGGUUAAUUGGCGACUUCAAAUUGUCCAUAGGUAUGAAUGUGAGUGUGAAUGGUUGUUUGUCUAUAUGUGCCCUGUGAUUGGCUGGCCACCAGUCCAGGGUGUACCCCGCCUCUCGCCCGAAGACAGCUGGGAUAGGCUCCAGCACCCCGGUAACUCUCAUGAGGAUAAGCGGUAUAAAAUGAAUGAAUGUGCACUUUGGGGGGGGGGCAAAACAGGAAUAAUUCUAUUCUAUAAGUACAAAAAUGUGUCUCACACAAUAAAACUAAAAUAAAGUAAAAUUAUUCCAACAACAUGCAUGCUAGGUUAAUUGGCGACUCCAAAUUGUCCAUAGGUAUGAAUGUGAGUGUGAAUGGUUGUUUGUCUAUAUGUGCCCUGUGAUUGGCUGGCCACCAGUCCAGUGUGUACCCCACAUCUUGCCCAAAGACAGCUGGGAUAGGCUCCAGCACCCCGGUAACCCUCAUGAGACUAAGCGGUACAAAAUGAAUGAAUGAAUGAAAUCUUGCAGUUUAACUCUAGCAAUAAAUAAAUUAGCCAAUUUCUGUUUUGCUUUUCAAUGUAAAAUAAUAUAGUAAAAUAUAUCAUUACAGUCAGUAUUUUUACAUAUUAAUAUUUUUUUAAUUUAAUUUAGAAUAAAUGCUGCUGCUAAAUCUGCGUAUUUUCAAUGACUUAGCAAAUUAACGUCUUCUUUGCUUGUUGUAAAUCUUCCAUAAUCCAAGCCUUAUACCUCAUUGUGAUAAUAAAAAAAACAAUCAUUGUUGUAAUAUAAAAUACAAGUUUUAUUAACUUUAUUAGUAGUUAAAAAGGAAGUGUCAGUUUUCAAUGAAAAUGAGAAUAUAAUGCACAUUGAUGUGGGUUCAUAUAGUGGCUAUAACAGUCUCAGUCUAUAUCAUAUCACUAUCAUAACACUUGGCCUUCAUAUCAUUUGCAUGAACAAAGUAUAACAGGAAUACUUGUAGGAAAGUGAAGUAAAAAAACACACAAGAAGGUGAUGGUACGUUGAAGAAAAUCCAAACUCAGUACAUUCGCCAAAUCAGCUGCACAUAAGACGCAUCAUAUUACAUUUAAUUCAAUGAUUCGCAUUUACAGAUACAUAAAGUCUCACUCCAUUAUUCCAAUCUUCUGCUUUUGCUUUUCCAUCACUUUCUCCAAUUCGGAGGCUUUUCGCACAUCCUGAGGGAGGCAGAAAUGGAGAGAAAAAUGUGACAACCUGGUAGGGAAGAGUGAUGAGUUGAAACUGGAAGGCGGUAUCAGUGUAAGUGGGUCACUAACAAUUGGGGACAAAAUGACACAAGUCAAGGUUGAGCAAACAAAGCGACUUAGUAAACAUGCAAGUAGACACACACAAAGUGGACAAAGUUUCCCAGAGGACAAAACUUCAACUAUAACCCAAUACUUUUACCUUAUAUGUACAUUUGUAGUGGUUUCAUGAAAAUGGUAUCCUCGCAAAUACUACAGUAUAUCCACAAACUCAUGGGCGGGAUGCUAGUUUGAGGCCCCCGCCUUGAUAUGAAAGUUUAAUUUGUUUUUUGAUUUGCUUAUUUAUUUUUCCAUCUUAUUUUGUGUCGAAAAAUAAAAAUUAACAUUAAACAUUUAUUUAAUCAUUUAAUAAUAAAUAAAAAUAAAUGUGUUUUUUGAUUUGCUUA